UCAAUCGGUGAGGUGUCAAUCAGAGCGGCGGCUUCCCUUUCAUCUGCCGCCUCGCGGAGAGGGUGGGGUAUGAGGGUGUAGGGGGGCUGGAGGUGGGGGCUACAUUACAAACACACUCACGCGGCCUCCACACCAUCCACAUCGUACACACCGCUCCCGCAGCGCGGCACCGGCUCGCGGCUCGGCGCGCGCCGCUCACGCAACAAAUCACGGCUCUUCUAUUUAUUUAUUUUUCACAUUUCACCAUUUUCCAUGGUGACAUGCUUCUGAGGUCACUUUAGAGUUUUUUUGUUGUUGUUGUUGCUGUUGUUGUUGUUGUUGUUUAAAAAAAACUUCUCCUUCACAUCCAGGAUGCAUUUCAAGUCGAAGCCCAGGAAGAGAGACGCUCUCGUUGGUGCCUGAACCUGUGUGCGGUGGGGGCUCGGGGGGAGGGGGGGUUGUUCCUCCACGCGUGUUUACAGCGCUCACGCACUUGGGCUCCGAGAGAAGAACAGUGUUCCUUCCUCCUUCUGAGCAGAUCCUCGAGCUUCCUGGACUGUGGCGGGGAAAUACAUGAAGUUUGCGCUGUUUUUCCACUCUUUCUCCCUGUUGCGCGGGUCGCGAACGGAGCGGGACGCGCGGGACUCCUGAUGCGAGGGCCCUAGUUUUGUGGGCUGAAAAGCCGAGAUCGAUCGUCCAUGAAGCUCGAGCUCCGGCCUCUCUGAGGGGGUCACCUCCCCUCACCUCCCCUCACCUCCUCCCCAGGUGUGCGGGGCUCCUCGGCUCCCAGGCGCCGCGCUGCUGCUCUUCGCGCGUCGGGAGCGCGCCGAUCUCCUGUUGCUCCGCUGGAGACGCGGCGUCCCGCACGCACGCAGCGCGCAGAACAGAAGCCGCUCGACCUGCGCCCGGGAUCUCCGCGGCUUUACCACCCUUUUACCCUGGUGAACGCCGGCGAAGACGACAUUGAAAAGGUGCCUCGCCGAGGAGCUUGGAGCGAAGCGAGGCCGAGAUGCCGCAGCUGGCGGGCGGCGGGGACCCCGAGCUGUGCGCCCCCGACGAGAUGAUCCCCUUCAAGGACGAGGGGGACCCCGACAAGGAGCAGAGCUUCGAGACGCAGCAGGCCGAGGAGGAAGGCGACCUGGCCGACAUCAAGUCCUCCCUGGUCAACGAGUCGGAGACGGGUCCCAACGGGGGGCCCCCACACUUGAGCCCCCACCAUGCAGGUAGACAGUCCCAAAUACCGCAGGAUUCUUACCACGAAAAGCACAGAGAGCAUCCAGAUGAUGGGAAGCACCAACAGGACAUGUACAGCAAAGGCCACCCCUACACGGGUUACCCGGGGUACAUCAUGAUGUCCAACGUGAACAACGACUCGUACAUGAACAACGGCUCGCUGUCUCCGCCCAUGGCCAGAACGUCGAACAAGGUGCCCGUGGUCCAGCCGUCGCACGCGGUCCACCCGCUCACGCCGCUCAUCACGUACAGCGACGAACACUUCGCCCCCGGACCGCACUCGGGGCACCACGCCCAGGAAGUCAACCCCAAGCAAGGAAUGCCAAGGCAUCAUCCAGGGCCCGACAUGCCCAACUUCUACCCCCUGUCUCCCGGAGGAGUCGGUCAAAUCACCCCGCCUCUCGGAUGGUUUUCCCACCACAUGGUGCCCGGACCGCCGGGGCCACACGCCACGGGCAUCCCCCACCCCGCCAUCGUGAACCCGCAGGUUAAACACGAGCCUCAAGGUGACGCCGACCUCAUGCACAUGAAACCUCAACACGAACAGAGAAAGGAGCAGGAGCCCAAAAGACCUCACAUCAAGAAGCCUCUAAACGCGUUCAUGCUCUACAUGAAAGAGAUGCGGGCGAACGUGGUGGCCGAGUGCACGCUGAAGGAGAGCGCCGCCAUCAACCAGAUCCUGGGCAGGAGGUGGCACGCUUUAUCUCGGGAAGAGCAGGCUAAGUAUUACGAAUUAGCCCGCAAGGAACGACAGCUCCACAUGCAGCUCUAUCCUGGAUGGUCCGCCAGAGACAAUUAUGGAAAGAAGAAGAAGCGGAAGCGGGAGAAGAUGCAGGAGGCGGCGUCGGGUGGAAAACGAGCCACUUUCUCCACCUGCAAAGCCAAGUCUGCAGCCAUGGGCCCCCAUUUAGAGAUGGAAGCCUGCUAGAUCCCACCAUCCCAGUCCCCCCCCCCCCCAUCGAGCCGCCGCUCACCGAGGAGACAAUCAUCACAACUGCUCGGGGCCUCCUCACACCUCCACGCGCAGACAAAACAGCCACCGGGGGGCGCUCUCCUCCCCGGCCACUUGCCCACUCCACUCUGCUCCCUAACUUAUUCUAAGUUAUUUAGCACCCCCCUCUCCCCAUCCCAGUGUCUUUUCCUCGGAGCGAGACCCUCCCUCACCUCCAACUCUUCAGUCCCCUCCCUCCAAAAAAACCAAGUGACACAGAACACAUGGGCACUGAUUUCUGGUUCGAGGUUCAAAUUUGAUUUUGAUUUUUUUAAAAAAAAAUUUUUCUUUUUCAUUCUUAAUUAGUUUCUCGGUGUAUAUUUUCAGUUGCUGCCCCCCCCCCCCCUUAAUUUGAAUUUUUUACAAACAGGUAUCUAUGGAAAUAAGCUCAGAGACAGGAGCCAUGCUUCUCCCUCACCCCCCCCCCCCAAC